UUCAUCGCGCUCAUAGUUUCUAGUCUAGAUACAGUGCAUACUUAAAACUAUAAAACAGAUAUUUUUUUCUAUUUGGAACCGUUUUUUUCUCCACAUAGCGGCGUAAGAAAGCGAAAAUUUCGACUUGUCGCGUCGUCAGCAAUGGCAGCAACGAAAACGGAAGCAGUCCCAUCCGCUUUGCGAAAUGCGGGCAAGUAAGUGCUUGAAAUUGCAAAUCAGUUGUUGCAACGUAGUGCCAUAAACCUCUUCAGUACAUUAGUUAACAAGUUUUCUUUUUAACUGUCUUGUCAGGGAAGGACGCGAUUCAUGGAAAGCAAAUUUGAAAGCUCCCGCGAAGGAUACACGCAUUCAAACAACUGUACGUAUUCAAGCUUUUAACAACCCCUCAUAUAAAAGUUGUCGUUUGUUUUUUGUAUUCCCAGAUUAAGGUGUUUUGUUGAACAUGCGUUGAUUUUAAUGAGAAAGGAUAUUGUUCAAUGUUAUGUUCGUUGGUUUUGUCGUAAGCGAAGUGAAAUAUUAGUACAUGUACACAGCCACUAGUCGAGGAGUUCAUAAUCCAAGCCACCAACAGAAAUUUAAUUAAGAAUUGGUUCUGUGAACCUGUUAAGGUGCCCCUGUAGUCGAUAGCGUGGUCAUUGUACUUUCCGUCUUAUUUUUUUUCUCUUUUUUAUUUUAAUUUAGGUUGCUAAUGUUUCAAUUUUAUUUUUCAACCUGAAAAUUUGACAUGUCACGAAAUACCCGGAUGUCUUCGCCCCCUUCGUGGCCUCGUUUUACCCUUGACGUUCAUGGAAUAAUUCGUGGGAGUAAUUCCCAUUUAUGAGAGAACCUGCACAGAGCAAAAGGAAAACACUGCAAAUGUGUGUCUUGCCCUUUGAAUAGACUGCAUCACAGAUUUAAUUUAACCUUGGUUCGUAACGUGUGCGAAACAGUACCAAGAUCCUUGGUCUGGGUCCCUUAUGGACUCAGCAAAUUACCGGAAGUGUGUUUCAAAUUUCUCUUCAACAUGAUUGGCAAAUCCGCUAUGGCUUUUUUUAACAGGCCAAUCAUGGCGCGAACUCAAAUCCUGGUUCACAGGUGGGGACCCAGAACAAGAUUUUGGCACUGUUUCGCAGACGGACUUAACCAGAGUUUAGUUUCGUUUUUGGUGCAGGCUACCCCUUGAAUUAUUGCAAACGGAAUAGUGCAAUAAUUAGACUCGCAAACAAAAAUCUUGGAUUAUAUAGUACUCACAUUAAGGAACCUACUCGAAAACCUUUCUGUUAGGCUGAUGUCAUAAAGACAAUGUGACAACAUUGACGGAGCUACAUACCUACAAAUGUAGAUGAUUUGGCCAAUGGUGAAAUGACAAAUUGAGCUGUUGCAUUCAUUCCUUUCCUCGCAUGUUUGUGUUCUCAUCAGGUUGCAUUGUCUUUGCCAAAUCUGCGUAGUGAUAACAAUGUACCCAAAUGUUUUCUUCCUCCAAUAAAAUUUCCUCUAUAACAGGAUGUUACAGCAACCAAAGGAAAUGAAUUUGAAGACUACCUUCUUAAAAGGGAGCUGCUCAUGGGGAUAUUUGAAAAAGGUUUUGAAAAGCCGUCACCCAUACAAGAAGAAAGCAUUCCCAUGGCUUUAGCUGGAAAGCACAUUUUAGCCAGAGCUAAAAAUGGAACUGGCAAAACAGCAGCUUAUCUGAUACCACUUUUGGAAAAGUGUGAUCCUGAUAAGUCAGAAAUUCAAGGUGGGUCGCAGAUAGUUUCUGGGUUUUGCCGCAAAGUUGUUUCCUGUUUUAGCGUGCAAAGAAAGUUGUGUUCAGUAGCCUGGAGCUAGUGGAUUUUGCUAUUGGGCUAGUGAAUCCUGUACUUUUUCAGGCAAAUGUAAGUGAUUCUUGGGCCAGUAAAUGCUAGCUGCAGCUUGCCCGAAUAGCAAUCUGUAAAACUGACUUUCUUUGCACUCUGCAUGUUUCUUUUUCAAUUGGUUUGGGUGCUAGCAUCACUGAGGGUUUCACAGCUUCUUCUGAGCUCUAUAAGUGGUUCAGUUCUCCAACCUUAUCACAUAAUAAAUUUGUCUGAAGCAGCCCAUAUCAUUCAUCUAUAAAAAAGACUCAGAAUUUCAUUAAUUUGGCUGCGAGAAAAUUCACAUUAAUUUAAUGGUUUGUAAGAGUUUGAAAAGCGCUAACUCAUUUCCUCAUGGAAGACACUUCCUUAUUAUUACUUGAGAUAAUUAACUACAACAUAAACAUUGAUUAAUGUCAUCAGUCUGCUGAGGUGCAGAUGCCUUUCUUGGCAAAACAUCCCUAGUGGUGAGGAGAGAUGGCUGUUUUUGCAGGCUAUUAUCCCCUCAGUCUUGUAUUUGACACCUUGCAAAACUAAAAAAUAUUUAUCUCUGUCAGCUCUCGUCCUGGUUCCCACACGUGAGCUUGCUCUUCAGACGUCACAGAUAUGCAAAGAACUUGGCAAACACCUUGGUGUGCAAGUUAUGGUUACCACAGGAGGGACAAGUCUCAAAGAUGACAUUAUGAGACUCUACAAUCCAGGUACCUACAGUAAAGUAGUCUGCUUCUAGAUUAGAAUAUACCCUUUGAUAGUUUUUUCAAGUUUUGAUUGGAUCUAGUAAGUGAAAAUCUGUCAACACAACUAGAAAGAAGGCCUUAAAAUCAGUUAAAUUGUUACGUUCUUGGGUGAUUUGUUUGAAAACUAAUGAAGACAUUGCUCUGCAAAGUCAGGAAAUAUAACAGACGUGGUUAUGGUGGGGGGCAAGUUUGUGCCCCCACCAUACAAACCUCUGUAAAAUUUUUGUAACUCUGUGGAGCAAUAUCCUUGCUCGCUUUAGACGUAUCACCUUUGAACUUGGCAAGUUUAUUGUAAGGCGCUCUACUGAUGUUGAUGGACUUUCACCUGCUGGCCUCUACUCUUUUAACAUGCUUUGAUGCUACUGACUUUGUAUUGCUAAGAGUGUAUACUUUUGAAGAUACGAUUUUAGCUUGCUUUUUGAAGGCAUGUCUUUAGCAAAUUCAUUCUACAACUUGUGCAUUAACACUGUUCCCAAAUGUAUGGCCUUCUUUGCAGUUCACAUUAUUAUUGCCACUCCUGGUCGCAUACUUGACUUAAUGAGAAAGGGAGUAGCAAAAAUGGACUGUUGCCAAAUGCUUGUUAUGGAUGAGGUAAGUGAUUCUUUGAGAGAAGUGUUACCAACUUUUGGGAGUUAAUGAUGGCUGGAUAUUGGGCAAAUUCUUUUUUUCCAUUCAGGGCUGUUAUUAAGAGGCAGGGGCUGGGGAUUUCCCCUGGCUACUAUGAAUGUGGUUCCUGGGUACUUUCAUAGGAAAAAUAGAAGAAAAACGGAACCAAAAGAAAUCCCUAGCUUCUUGAUUCCCUGCCUACUAGCUGUAUUUACCCGGUAACUUAAAAUCUUAGUGACAUCUCUGGCAUUUAUUGUAGACACAGACAAUGUCAAGGUCAUUGAAAAAGCAAAAAAAGUGAAGAAGGCCAUUAUCCAGUCAUCUUGACCAAACAAGCUUGGUCAGUAAAGGAUUUAUUGGGGAGCUUAAGAAACAACAAUAAAAAUGGUGGAGAAGGUGUGGCAAGAAAAUAAUCUGGAAGAAGAUUAAACCGAUGGGCUAAUAAAUUGAGAUUCCUCCCCCAGCAUUUUACAGGCUGUAUCUUAAGUACAUAACCCUACAGUUAAACCUCUCCACAAGGGCCACCUAGGGGAGAGAAGAAAGUGGCCAUUGUAGUGAGGUGGCUGUUGUAAAGAGUUUUAAACAAGAGUCAAUGUAAGGACCGCCCAUCAAAAAAGUGUCUGUUGCGGAGAGAUGGCUGUUAGUGGAGGUUCGACUGUACAUAAUUUCUUUUUAUUUUUAAGGCUGAUAAACUGUUGUCCAUGGACUUUAAAGGAAUGUUAGAGGAUAUAAUUGGUUUCCUUCCCAGCAGCCGACAGAUUCUCUUGUACUCUGCUACAUUUCCUCUCUCCGUCAAGGAAUUCAAGGUGAGCUGCAACAUUACAGUCAAGCCAGAUCAAGCUCACCGAUUCUGUUGAUGAAUUUAUUAUUUGAAAGUUGAAUGUGUUGGUAGUUGGAGAUUUCAGAUUCAUCUCUGCAUUCAUGCAUUCGUAAUGAGCAGUGAAUUCAAACGUGAAGAAGGUAUGAAGUUCUACCAUCUAAGUGUUCUUGAAUCCUGAUGGAAAUGUCUUCAAAGCUAUUUUGUCCAUUCAAAGAUUUUUUCAUUCUGAUGGAAUACAGUGAAGUUAUCAUAAAAAAAUACUGCUCAUUACGAAUGCAGGAAUGUAGAUUAGAAUUUGAUACUGGUUGCCGCAACGACUAAUGUUUCAUUUUUCAAAUAGUGAAAUCUAUGGGGAGAGCUUGACCUGGCAUGACGGUAAUAUGGACAAAUCCUUACAUUAUUCAAGUCAGUACAUUAUAUAAACCUGUGUUGCUUUAAUUCUGCAGGAUGAGCACUUACCAAAAGCCUAUGAAAUAAACCUUAUGGAGGAGUUAACUUUAAAAGGAAUAACCCAGGUAACUAAUAAUAUUAUUUCUUUACUAUUAAUAUAAUUUCUCUAUUAAUUAUUAAUAAAGAAAUUAUAUUAAUAAAAGUCACUGAAUUGACCUUAUUCACGAUACAUGCCAUCUUUGCAUGUGCCAGUGAUUUUUUUUACCUCUGCGUCUUGCGUCCCUGACUCGUAAAAAUCCUCCAAAAUGCAAAAUUAUUCAUGGCAUGCAUCCCAUAGGCGAAUAAAUUGAUUGAUCAAUCUGAAGAUGUUUUUUAGAACAUCCUGAGGCUGUUGUUAAGCUAUGCAUAUGUAUUUUUGGUGAUUUGAAUGGAAGGACUAUAAAAUAUUGCAGUAAAGUGUAAUAAAGAGUUUUGGAGUCUGUCUGCAGAUUAACUGUCUAGUUACAAGCAUUUUCAAUUUGAGACUCUCUAUUAAAGGGGCUAUGUCACCCAACACGCAUGCGCGAGCCAAUGAAAACAAACUUGAAAAAGUUGGUCCGUCUUUUUCAAGUUCUGUCGGAGAUUUUGGAAGGCUGUUUUUAUCUGUCUAAAUCUCAGCCAUCGUUCGAUAGUUAGCAAAGUUUUGUAUUAAGAAUCGUUCUAUGGUGAUUACAGAAUAAUUUUUUGGCGUUAUUUUGAAAUUGUUUGCCUGUGGAAUGUUUUUACGUGGAUUUAAUGUGUCCUCUUAUCAGCGGCCGUUGUAAUGGCAGAGUUAAUGACGGCUACUCCACAAUGAGUGAUGGAAUCUUUGAUGGAAUCUUCCCUAUAGUUCACAGAACCUUUCUACUGAGUUAUUUUAGAGGUUGCUGGCUCUUGGAUUUUUCUUGUGCUCAAAGUAUGUGGACAUAUAAUGAAGCGACUAUCGAGUUGGCGGCGGCCGUUUUUGGUAAACGAUUACAAGAGCAUCAGGCCAUGAGUUUCGAGACCAAACUAAACUCCUGGCGAAGGAAACAUUAUAAAAUUCGGCUAGAUUCCUUCUUGUAUUUAUCUGGAUUCACGGCAAAGAUAAACACGACCGUUUGCUCCUUUAGAUUGUUCUCAACGGACUUGGAGAGGCACCUUAGUACGAGUUAGAUCCUGUAAAUGCCAUGUUUUUGAACUGUUUGUGUUCGAGCAUAUUAAUUUUUGGAAAAUAGCAGAGUUUACUUUCCCUUUUUAUCAACGGACUGCUUAUAGUGGAGUAGUAUACCAAUGAUGCUUGGUUCUGUUUUUCUCGACGUCGCAGUGAUUCGGAACGAUCGAACAAUUUUGCGCGAUAAAUUUUGUAUGUUUCCCUAAGAUCAAAACAAAGACUUGAUGUCUCUUGUUCUAUCAGCAUCUAAAUUAUAAAAUCACUAGCGACAGACAAGUCUAAUUGUUAAUGAUUUGAAACAGUCUUGGUCUUUAUCUUUGGUCUAGCGUCUUUUGUAGCUCGUUUGUAAAAUACAACUUCGAUUUAUUUUGUUGAAUAAGACAAUAUGUUGUUGUUGAAUUUUUGUUUGCGCACCAUUUUAUGAAUGGCAUGCGUUUUUACUCCAAAACUACAAGUAAAAUUGUCGUCACAAUUUUAUUCUUGAUCUAGCAUAACCAGAGAAGAAACGUUUCGCUUGUUAACCUCGUCGGAGCCUUGAACGUGACAGAGAACAUGGAGAAAGUCACGCGUUAAAAACAAUAGAAUUUUGACAGUUGGAAGUAAUUUGCAUAACCUCAGAGUGCACAUGGAGAAAGUCACGUGUUAAAAACAAUAGAAUUUUGACAGUUGGAAGUAAUUUGCAUAACCUCAGAGCGCAUGCUCUCCAGCUGACAUAGCCCCUUUAAUUGAACCAGGACUCAAGGCCAGUUAUGAUGAUGUCAUUUUACUACUACAACCAGAAUCCUUCAGCUUUUGCUUUCUUGUGCAGGUUUAGGAUUCUGUUAUUUAAACCUCACUGGCCAUGGGAUUACCAAAUUUAAAUAUGAAAGAAGAAACAAAAUGAAUUCUGGUCUUGGUAGUUAAAAGACACCAUUGUGCAAAUGGCCUAUUAAAAUUGUGAUGCUGGUUUGUCAAGUGUACACGUUCAGAAGCUGUCCACAUUCUUCUUUACUCCUCUUGUUAUUUUCCGCUUCUAGUAUUAUGUAUUCCUUGAAGAGAGACAGAAAGUGCACUGCCUAAACACGUUGUUUUCCAAGGUAAUGCGUUUUGGUGCGUCCUUAGUGACCAUUUUUACAAGCUCCUGUGCAUUUAUUUCUUCAUUUUAUGGUUCAGAUUUAUGAAAUUCAUAUUAUUCAUUAUUAUUUUCAUCUUCAACUUUCCCAGGCAUAUUAUGAAUCAAUUUAAUGUAUAGCGCUGUAGCGGUGUUGCAGAGGUCAGGGAUUGAAUCCUGGCAAGACUGAAUUGUUUCAGGCUUUCUUUUCACAACUGCACAAGUUUUGAGGAUCUUCUUUACAUUUUUUUCCUGUUAUUUCAUUAACUAACAGUUCUAAUAACAUAUUUUGGUUUCAGCUGCAAGUGAAUCAGGCAAUAAUUUUUUGCAACUCAGUUCAACGUGUGGAGUUGCUGGCCAAGAAGAUCACUGACCUCGAUUACUCCUGCUUUUUCAUUCAUGCACGGAUGGACCAGAGUCAUCGAAAUAGGGUGUUCCAUGACUUCAGACGUGGAGCAACAAGAACCCUUGUAUCCUCAGGUUGGCCAAUACUUCAGUGUUCACCUAAUAAUGACCAAAUUUACAUUUUAUUUACUGAAUCAGGGGUUUCAAUAAGGUUAUACAUAGGUGGCAAAAGCUUUGGAGUAGACGGUUAACGAAAAAGGCGCGAGUUGCUAGGGGGUCUGGGGGCAUCCCCCCUGGAAAAAUUUUGAAAUCUAGGCCUCCUAAAAUGCAUUUCCAGCAUUUUGGAUCAAAAAUUAGACUGUUUGAACAGAACACGGACAUAAUUAAAUUUUGGCUUUUUUAUUUGGUGACAUCAAAUGAAUGCUGUAUUUAAACUGGGGUAGUUUCCAAAGAAUAGCAGGCGGCGAGUUCAUGUGAAACAGCCGGCAAAUGUCACCGGUCGCCAGUUCUUUUUUAAAACUGUGCUGAAUAGACUAUAUUCACGAUACCCGCCAUCUUUGCACAUGGUUAAGGACUGAUGGGAUAAAAACAAUGUUAAGUGGUUUCUGAGGUUGUGAACUAUUACUAUUAAAUCAUUGUCAUGUUAUGACUGUAAGAACAAACAAACUCCUCCACAAUAAUUACUCGUAUGGGCAAAUUUUAUCACUUGUUUGCACCCUGAAAUACCAUCUGACACUGCUUUUAUCCCACUGAUACUAAAGUGUGUGCAAAGUUGGUGGGUAUCCUGAUUCAUGAAUAACUUAGGAUUAAAAAUUGUUUCAGUGAAAAUGGUUUGUUAUUGCAUUUUCAUGUUACUUUCUUCCAAAGCUUGGAUUACUUUAAGUGGAAAAGAUUUGAUUAUAGCUCACUGUGUUUAACUAUUUGCUUUUCAUUUCUUCAGAUUUAUUCACCCGUGGAAUUGAUGUCCAGUCUGUCAAUGUUGUGAUCAACUUUGACUUUCCCAAAAAUUCUGAGACCUAUCUGCAUCGUAUUGGUCGCUCAGGCCGAUUUGGACAUCUUGGUCUUGCUAUAAAUCUUAUCACUAACGAUGAUAAAUAUGACUUAUACAAAAUCGAGACAGAACUGAAAACAGAGAUAAAGCCAUUCCCUCAAGUUGUGGACAAAAAACUCUAUGUGGCAGAGUUUCAGCAACAACCGGAGGAUGAAGACUAAGUGCAGAUGAAUUCUGGUAGGAAAACUUAUAACAGGCAUUCAAGAUCAUGGUCUUUUGAAGUAUUAAUUUUGUAACGAAUGGAGUCAAGAUGUUAUAGUGUUAUUGAAGAGUUAGAGUAAGAUGAAAAGUUUGGAACAAAGUUGACAAAUGUCAGGUGAGAUAGUCAUUGUACUUUUGAAUACACUGGGGCUAUAAUGGCUACGAAUAAGAAUAUUCCUUACUUGGCAUAAAAGUUGUAAAGCAAAUUCAUGGCAUUCUCUUUUGUUUGUGAUAGUGCUAAAAGCACUUUGUUUCUUUUUUGUUUAUCUAUUCUUGUUCUAUUUAAUGAGUGGAAGUACUAGUAUGGGUUGUUCAAAAACAGCCUGAGUGCAAUUGAAAAUUGCAUAAAUUAAUAAUCAUUGUGUUGUGGUUUGUUGUUUGUUUGGUUGGUUUUAUUUGUUUGAGUUUCUGUCAUAAUCUGAAACAAAGCAUAAUGAAAAUAAGGCACUUUUGAAUUAGAAACCCUUCAAAAAAUCAAACCACAACACCUACCUUAGUGAAAAGAAUUUGCUUUACCAAUAAUGAUAUUGGCUGUCCCUACUUGCUUCAUAUUAUAUUCUUCUUGCCUGUACUUUACUUAUAUUCUCCUACCAGAGUUGCAGAGGCACACAAGGAAGCUUCAUAGAAGCAAAUUGACCUUGACACAAAUAUUAAGUAUUUAAACCUUUCUGAUAUUCAGGAAGACAAUCGUGUAGUUUGUGUUUGUGAUGUACGUGUAAGAGGAAGCUUGCCACUGUCACCUUCUCAUAACAUUGUUUACAAUGAUCACCAGUUUUGUAUUAUUCAUUCUGCUCUGCCAAAUUUUUAUAGUUAUUUUUGCUUUAAUUGUUAGUGACAUAGAGCUAUCUGAAUUGAUUCUUGUUGUUGGUCAGAUUGUUUUCAAAGCAAAGUGAGACUACAGUGUAACAUGACGUUAGUGAAUGUUAGCCCUUUCAUCCCUUGAGUGAAAAAAUGGAUUCUUGAAAGGUGGUUGCAACUUUUGAGUCUGUAGACAAAAUCUUAUGGUGUGAUCUUUGAGAGCACCUAAACAUGUUAUCAAUAUUUUGUUUUUCCAUUACCCUUGGUACUGGGAGGUUUUUUUCUUUUGUAUGUGUUGGGAUGCUUCAGUGUUAGCCAACAGAUCUUUGGCCAAAGCUACAAGCAGCCAAAUGGUCGUUAUAAAGACCUAAUAGAAACCGGAAACUUCAUGAAAACUCCUCCGGCACUCAGGGUAUUUUUUCAUUGUGUUACAGAGUGAACUUUAAAUUUUUUUGGAAUUGUGGCUUUGUCCACUUCAGGGAUAGGAGCCUUCCAUUAGUUACAAAAUGUUUCACUUCCAUCACUGUUGUUUUCAUCAUUUUGGAUUGCAUGUUCUUCAUCUAUGAAUAGUAUUACAUUCCAUUACAAAAUUAAUGAGUGAAUCAUAGCUGUGAGGGAAGAUUCGGUUUAAUCUGUUCUGCUUAAGUGAGGGUGACAGUGAAAAGCCAGUAGGAUUAACAUUUGAUUGUAGCCUGUAACUAAGAACUGUCGUGAGUAACAGAUGAGCUCCAAGCUUGUAGGAAAGGUUGUAGUGUGGUAAAUUUAACUCGUGCUUCGGAAACUACUCUCUUAUUUUAGCAGCUGAGAAAAGGCUAGAUAGACAGUUUUUGAUAUUUGCAGUGGUAGAAAAGGUCCAACGUUGGUGAAUUUAGGGCCUAUAGCAAGCAUGCUUUAGGGUUUAGAAAAAAAAAGUUACUGAGCUGUGAAUGUGGCACAUUUUAAGUUGAGCAGAGUGCUGACAUUUUAUGACAGGUGUUUUACUGGUUCUCAUAUUUCGCUGUUAAAGUAUUUGAGGAACAGAAGGAACAUGAUAUGAGAAAUAAUAUUGUAAAAGGGCUAGUGAACAUGCCCAUGAGAAAAAAAUGCCCGCAGUUUUAAAUGAAGACUAGUUUAAAGCAAUCGUCAUGAAUUGUAAGGUUGUUAGAGAAACAGAGUGAGCUUCAAGCUAUAGUAAAUCCUGGGCAUUCUCUGAUUUUCCCUGAACUUUUAAAAAUUAAGAUGGUUAGGAUUGAUCUGAGACUCGCUUUAGUAGUGUGAAUUCAUCUAAGGACCUUAAUGCAAAGCUCAGUGUUUUUUGGAAAGGAUUCAAAGAAAGCAGUGUGUUGAAGUUUGGAGCUUUUCGUUGUUACAUGUAUGUUCAUGUGUAUUGUGUGAUUAUUUAUUUGUUAUAAACUUGUACAUAUGUAUAUAAUACAAAUUAUAACUGAGUUCAGGAUUUAUUUUCCGAGGGACUUUGGUGUGGAAGGAUUGUCAAGCAUUUUGCUUGAGAUGAAAAGUUAAGAAUGCUUUUUUUUUUGCAAAGAUAGAUCAACAACACCCCCAAAAAAGAAAUUGUUACAUGGUUUUGCUCUCUCCAAGCAUUCAGUAACUUUUUGCCUUUUUGUGGGUAAGAACAAUUAUUUUGAAUUUGUAUUUCUCUACUAAACACUUGGUAGUUGAAUUUCCAUUCUUUCAUCUUCAGUAAUACAAGAUUAAUUAAUCUUAAAAAUUAUUGUCAGUGCUAAGUCAAAGUCUAUAGUUCACUAUUACUGGUAGUACUUAAAAGAGUGUCCAGAAACCAGUCUUGUUGGCUGGUAUGCUGUUGUAGCACUAAUGACUAAGAUUCAAAAUAACAACUAGACUUGAUUACUGCCCUUCAUUUAAGGUGUGGCACUGGGUGGGACCUGGGAGAGCAUGGGUACAUUCCCCCAGAGCCAGCGAGUAAUCAAGCCUAGAUAAUGCAGAUGGAAGGCUGAAAAUAUCUUCCUUGGUGUUCUCAGCUUGAAGGUGAAGUUAGUAACAUGCCGCUUUCUGUUGUUACUUGCCUACAAUAUUUCAGACAGACUUGUUCUCAAGUUGAAAAAAUAAUUAUUUACUUACAAAUUCAAGUGAUUGUAGGAUAUAGCAUAAACUUUAUUUUUCUAUCAACAACUUGGCUAGACCGUGUAAAAUGAGAUUUUACACAAUUUAUUUAGAUCCUAAGUCUGGCAAAUUUAAUGGAACAAGCUAUUGUACUGCUUUUGUGUUUUAUCUCACAGAAUGACACAACAUUUUUGUCCCCAGAGUCCAAGAGGGAGUCUAUCCAACCAUCAUAGUGAUGACAGCAAAAACGUCUCUCUCUCUCUCUCUUUUAAAAUUUUAAUGUUCUCUGACACUGCAGCUUGGUUAUUCUCAGGUUGUUAAAAUGUCGGUCAGUUUUCCUUGAAUUGAAUUGCUAGGGACCACUGAAGGAGAAAUUCGUGUUGUCGUUGCAAGGGAAUAGCAAAGAAUUGGCCGAAAAAGUGUGUUGCACUUGGAGAAUUGCUGUUUUUUUUUUUAGAGUUAGGCUAAUUAAAUCCAUUUGUUUUCUAACAUUUCAUUGUUGUCAUCACUGUAGUGUGUCUAGGCUUCCUUCUGCUGCAAGUAGUGGGCAAAAAGAAAAGUUAAAAGCUAACUGGCUUUGGGGGCCAGUUCCAUGACAAAAUUAGUUAAUUUUUUUGGAGAAACUUCUGUAAUAUCUAAACAAAACAGAAGAUAGUAAUUUAACUGCUCUGAAUUAGUCUUGUUCCUUCCAAAUGGGAAGUUUUCCCACGGGCCAUUUAAAAAGCUUAUGGCUAUCAACAAGUACAGGAGUAAAAAACCAAGGGAGAUCAAUCUGUCCAUAAACAUUUCUGAAGAAUAUCUUUAAGGUAGGUUAGUCAAGUACACUUUAGGAGUCAAAUAACUUUUCUUGUAAUCCAAAGCUCUGAUUUACCAUUAUCUUUGAAAUUAAUGUUUCACGAAACCUCCCUGUCUUUAUCAGUUUUUUGGGUGAGACAGUUUGAAAUCAUUUCAUGUCUUUUGUAAGUGUUCAUAGUGCUGCAGACCGAUUUCUUUUGUAGGAGAAUUAUUUAUUUUAUUCUCUUUUUCAUCCUCAAUGCUUCUGUAAAGAGAAUUGUUGAGAGCGUAAGAUCCCCUUGACGACUGAACUUGUAUGUUCUGGAAAGAUUUCUAGAACCUUAUCAGCUCAGAGAUAUCCAAGGUGCAGGCAGAGAAAAGCUCUGAGCAUUCCAUCAUCAAUGUCUCUGCCUCAAUUUUAGUUUUGCGGAAGAUCUCGUUAAAAAAAAAAAAAACAGGAGAGAUCUGCAGUCACUCUAGUGAUAAAUUAAGAUCUGCAUGGCAACUUAUUCUAUAUGCCAAGUCUGCUUCACAGAUAUGGCUCUUAGAUGUCUGGGUAAUGUUGAUUGUCCAUUCAUAUUACUCAUUACUCAUCUGCCAUUUGUGUACUUUCAAGGUACAGUCAAUUCUUCAUAAGAAACAUCUUUUAGUUCAUAACUUAUGAAGAGACGUAACACAGUAAAAUUAAUGUGUUCGCCAAAUCUUUUUAGUUUGUUUAGCUUCUCGCAAAUGUAUUAACACAGUUGCCAGCAUUUUAAACUGACUUAGUUUUAUGUUAGUUUCUGUUGUGUAAACUUAACCAAUUUCUUUGUUUGUUCUUUUGUAUUUGUUUUUUCGCUAGUUAGGCUUUCUGCAAAUAACAAUGUUGGUAAUUUUCCAGGUGGCAACUAUCAAAUCUUGUAGACCCACUCUAAAUAAGGUUUGAUCACUAAGUUUUUUUUAUAUUACCAUGAUCUGUGCAGGGUUUCAAGAUUGAUAAAGUUAUUGGUCUCUCACUCUAUCAUCAAAUCAUGUGCGUAGUUUGUUCAUAUAACUUUUCUUUACAUGUUUUGUUAAAAAAAAUUAAUUGUAUGUUCAAUUUUCUGUUGUAAUGAUUAUCAUUAUUGCUGUUGUUAUUAGUUAUUUCCUGUUGUAGCUGUAACUUCUUCGGAGUGGAGUUUCACUUCUCUGCUCAGUUACUCACAAGGCAAUGUGGCUACCCCAUCUUCUAACCAGAAAAAUACAGAACUUAAGAUUCAAAGUUCUAAGAGGACAAGAUUUUCUAAAUACUAAGUAGUACACACACCUGAGCCAGUGUCAUUUUGGUGGGAAAAUGCAAUAGCCAUUAUCAUUAUACUACAGGUUUUGCAAAAGUUACGGAGUGACAAAAACGAGGCAUCAAAAAUUAAUGUUAAAAGUAAAUCAUUUUUUUUUAUGGGGUGAGCCAAUUUUUCUAGUGAAAAAAAAAGUAAAAGAAAGCUUUUCAAGGUGUCUUGUCAAAUCUCUUAGUCGUCCUUGUCCUUGAAUCUAAAGGACUCUGAUGAAUUCUUGGAGGGUUGACUAUAAAUCAGAAUGAUAUGUUAUAGAAAAGUGAUAUUGCCUCUAUUAAUAGUAAGAAUUUGUUGUAUUGUUCAGUGAGCGGUAGCUUGAAAGACCUUAAAAGUAAUCUUUCUCCCAGAUUUGCUUUUGCCAUACAAAGAACACUCUCUUUGACUUGAACUUGGCCUUUUUGACAAUUUAUUAUUCAACACACUUAUGAUUCCCAGGUCUUCAGAUUUGGUGGAAAGAUUACUUAAAAGUUUGGUAAAAAAUACAAAAAAAUAGAAAAUGAAAUUUUACACUUUGCAGUUGCAGUUUGCUUUCUGGAGAAAUCAAACUGUCAACACAAUUUAGCCCCAUUAUUAACUCUAGAAGAUAGACUGAUAUAUAACUAGGGAGAAGAAGUAAUUUUAACUCGGUAACCUCCAUCUGAACUCUUUUUCCCUGAAAACAAUGAAAGCGCACAAGGGUUAGUACAUCUUAAGAGUAAAAUUGGGACUUGAUGUAAUUUCCAUAUGAGUGUGGGGCUAAACGAUAUGAUGACUUUAUUCAAAGGGCAUGCAAAGAGACCGUUAUAAGAGUAGUCAAUUGAGUAAAAGAUUUAUUAUGAUAUCUAAUAAUGAAUUUUUUUUCAGUGAUUUUGCUUUCUUAACUUCUUAAUUAACAAAAGCUGAAAUUUGAUGAUUUAUGUGUUUUAUUACUACUUUUACAGGGGUAUAGUUUUAAGCCCAACCUGACAAUGACGAGAAUCAAAUUUCUACUUCUAUUGCCAAUUCCAAGAAGUCUAAUAGAUCAUAGAAAAUUGAGGCUAAGUUAUCCCUUCAAGUCCAAGAGUACCAACAUCAAUUUUCUUGUAACGAUAUCAGUAUAUAAUCAAAAGAAGAGGUUAUGAGAAACCGUAAAAUGAUCAGGAAAGGAAACUCCUUUAAUCUUUUUUCAAAUUCUCUGAACUAAUUUUUUAAGGAAAUGUAUGAAAAUUGUAUGUUGAUAUUGGGGCUUGAAGGGGUUAAAUUACAUGGAAGCACUGGGGAACAAAUUUUAUCUUUGAGUGUUAAAAAUUAUGGGGUUUUGAGCCUCAGAUCUGUACGAGUGUUUACGUAGGGGAGCUGUAAAUCCCAUACAGCUCCAAUGCACAUUUUCUA